AUGCCUCAACAAGGCGAAGAGAAGCGGCGGGCCUUUGUCACCUUCCUCGCCGGCGAUGGCGAUUACACCAAAGGAGUGAUCGGCCUCUCCAAGAGCCUCCGCCUCGUCGACUCGAGAUACGAGCUCGUCGUCAGUGUUCUUCCGGAUGUCCCGCGCCGCCACACCGAUCUCCUCCUCGCGCACGGCUGCAAUGUGCGAUCCAUCCAGCCGGUUCUCCCGCCGCCGGGAGUCUGCGCCUUCGCGAUGCCCCACUAUGUCAUCAAUUACUCCAAGCUCCGGAUGUGGGAGUUCGAGGACUACGAUCAGCUCUUGUAUCUCGACGCGGACAUGAUGGUUUUUGAGAACAUCGACGAGCUCUUCGAUCUCUCGCCGCCCGGAUCCUUCACCGCCGUGAAAGACUGCUUCUGCGAGAAGACGUGGAGCCACACUCCCCAGUUCAAGCUCGGCUACUGCCAGCAGUGCCCCGACCGAGUCCCCUGGAACUUCGCCCUCGGCGAGCCCCCAAAGCCGUACUUCAAUGCCGGGAUGUUCGUCUUCGAGCCGAGUAGCAAGACUUUCGGCCGGAUGAUGGAAGCCCUGGCCAAGAAUCCCCCCACACCAUUCGCAGAACAGGAUUUCCUCAACUUGUUCUUCCAGGACGCCUUCCGGCCGGUUCCAAACGCGUAUAACUUGGUGCUGGCGAUGCUGUGGAGGCACCCCGAGAACGUCAACCUGGCCAAGACCAAAGUGAUCCACUACUGCGCUACGGGAUCCAAGCCUUGGGCUUACACCGGAGAGGGCGCAAACAUGGAUCGUGAGGACGUGAAAGAGCUCGUACGCAAAUGGUGGGUCGUGUAUAAUACACCACUGUCGCUCAUGGAUGGCUGUGGCCCCAAGGACCCAGCGUCCGUGCAAGUUCUCGAGUAAGCGUGAUUGUCCUCGCCAAAGGUAAAGAUUCGUCGAUCGAUAUCUUUUAAGCGAGCUAGAGUGAUCCGGAGAAGCUUUUUUGUUGUGAUGAGCUAACCUUGUAGCGCUAAGUGAAAUUCGCAGAAGGAAGAACCUCGAAUCCUACUUUGCUUUGUAAGAAGUUACUUGUACAGGUGAUUUAAAAUAUACUUCUAAGUUCUCCGAAGAACCCUAAAACUAAAGUUCUUCGAAGAACCCUAGAAAUAAAGUAUAUACUUCUAAAGAG